GCCCGGGAAAAUAAUACGAUUAGACCCAGAUGUCCGGCGAUUUCGAAGUUUUUUUCUGGGGUUAGCAAUUUAAGUGUUGAUAUCUGCUUAACAACAUCCAAGUGAAGUUCUAAUUUCAAAAUGCCUCCCAAAUUGUCAAAAAAGCAGAAGAAGAUGUUGGCACUGGAAAUGGCUGAUAAAAAGAAACAGGAAGCAGAGAAAGAAAGGAUCAUGCUUAUACAGAAUGAGAAGCUGCGUAUUGAGCAGGAUAAGAAAGCAGCAGAGGAAAAGGCAGUGAAGGACCUGGCAGAGCAGAAUGUUCGCCUGACACAGCUGAGUGAUACACAGAGCAUGUUUGCUCACUUUGAGGGACAGACAUGGCUUGCAGAAACCAGGGCUAAAGAGUUGGAUGAGUGGGAGCAGUACAUGAAAUGUGAUGGUCUACCAGAUCCUGCUAAUGUCCCACAAAUGAAUACAUUCCUUUAUUUGUGGAAGCAGGAAGAUGAUGACAUAGAAACUGUUGUCAAGAAGACAGACAUCAUUCUUGCUCUCCUUAAUAAACUUGAAGAACUGAUAGACAUGCCUACUGGAGUUAGCGGUCGCCAAGUAGAACACUGGAAAGAGGUGAGGAAUGACUUCCGUGCAGAGCAGCAGCGCCAUCUGGACAAUGCCUGCUACAAGCUGUUGAGCAACAUGGAACAAUCGAUGACACUGACAGGGCUGAAUGAGGCAAGCUUCCGCAUCAAAUCAAGUCACUUGCUACUGCUCCUGUGGGCUCUGCUGCCAUUGCCACGAGGUCACGCUCCACCACCAGAUGAGCCCAAGCCCAUAAAGACGUGCGAGAUGAGUGAGCUCGGGUUGCUAGUGCAGUUGCCAGGGUCUUUGGCAGAUGUGGACCUGGUGGUGCGGGGCUUGCAUGUCAACUACGACCACUAUUCUGACCUGAGUCCUUCCUGUGAGCUGAAGCAACAGUUCGAUGUUAAGCCUAACGAUCUCCUUUCUGUGGUCAUUCAAGAAUGGGAACAAAAAGCUGCACUGCAGCUGAAAGUGGAUGAAGAUAUGGCAGAUCAUACUAAGCAACGCUGUGAGUUACUAGCUAAAAUGACAGCUGUCCCAUCACCACCAAAAACACCAUCUUCUGGCAAAGGAUCAAAGUCAGCUCCUGACCCUCAAGUAGACCAGCCUAACUAUGUCAAGAUGCUCCAGGAGAUGCCUCCAGUAAAAACAGCAUCACAGCGCUUCCAGGAAGCUGAAGACGAGGACGAAAAAAUGAUGAAGGAGAGUCUUACAUAUGUGGGACAACCCAGUGAACUGAAUCUUCGUAAGUUUGUCAUUCUUUCGGGAGUGCUACAUGUUGAUGUCAUUAAACAGUUACCUCAACCCCAGAAACUGCCGCAUGGGUGGAGUAUUCAUAUAGUGCCCUUACCAGCACAGCUACAACCAGUGGACUUUUGGGCUAGGUACCAACCACCACCACCACCAGAACCAGGGCAGAAGCGACUUCCAGAAGAUAUUGAAGCUGAGCUCAGAAAGCAAGAGCAAGAGUUGAAUGAACUUGCUCUCAUAAGUAUAGAGCUACCUGAUAAUGUUCUUUGGUUUGAACCACCAACUGUGGUCAGGUGGGAUGGUGAGAAAGGUUUCUGGUCAACUGAAGACUGUCAUGACACGAAGUUUAAUGAAGAUAAGCAGGUUAUAACAUUUAGGCUUGGGAGGUUUGGUCCAAUAGGCCUUGCUGCUUAUCGUUAUUUUAACCUCCCAUACCAGUCUUGGGAAAUGAAACCUGACCUCAAGAAUGGAGGAAUAAUAUUGAGCAUAACAGCUACAGUUGUCAUUGUGGAGUUUCAUAUAAAGGGGGACAAGGUGUGCUUAAAUGCCCUGCAGAAUGGUGCAACUAAUGCUCUGCAAGAUAUUGUUGGGACAUACUUCAAACCAUAUUUUCUAAUUAAGGCAAACCACAGUACUCUGCAUGCAACACCUUUGAAAGCCACCCUUGUUGACUGCACCGAGUUCAGCCAGUCAUUUGUAUCAGAAGUAGUUCCUGGCCUAAAGUUUUAUGCAGAUCUUUAUCACUUGCUGCAACAUCAGGCGUCACCACAGGCCAAAAAAAUAAUGAAGGAUGUUUCCUAUUCUCAAGUGCACACGGUGCAUGAAAUGCUGCAAAAAACAAGAGUGCUCAGCUAUUCAUGA